AAAGAAAGAAAGAAAGAAAGAAAGAAAGAAAGAAAGAAAGAAAGAAAGAAAAAGAAAAGUUUGCAGAGAAAUUAGUGGAACAUUAUCAGAAUUAUCAGAAUAUGGGCUCAUACUCCCUAAGCAUUUCCAGCUCCGAUUCCUUUAACAAUAAAUAAAAAAAUAAUUCCCAGUAAAAGAAAAAAAAAACAACAGUUAAUGAGGAAUCGCGGUUGCAGCAACCGGAAAAUCUCGUUAUUGAGGAGAUUCUCCCUUCCACAUGGAAAGUCUGUUCUAUAGAAAUAAACCCAAAUACAAAGAAUCAGCCUAGUUGUGUAAAUAUUCUAUUUAAUAAAAAUUUUUUUAAAAAAAAACAACUAUGGACUAAACAUGGAAUAACUGCGGGUCCCUUUACUCGUCUGCUGUGUUUCUGUUUGCCCGGUGCAAGUUCGGAGCUACCAAACAUAUUUCCCCCCUGGUCCCUGUGUGAGAAGGAGGCAAAGUGCAGAAUGAGGGGAGCCAGACCCUCCCCAGCCCAAGUCUUGUCACUUCUUGUUGCUAUUGGUCCAGCGGCCCCAGCACAUUGGCCCCUUCCCUCUUCAUGAAUAAAAGAGGCAAGAGAAAGCCUAUGAAUGAUCACAAACUCUCCUCCUACACAAAGUUGGGCACUUAAACAACUUCCAAACCUCUCAGCUGAUCAGACUUGAUCCCCUCAUCCCACCCCCAGAAAACCACAGCAAAUCCAUCAGUUACAAGAUACAAAGUGGCAGAAGGGAAGGAUCUGGUCCUUGGGUCGCACUUGAGCAUCUUUCUUGCUUCUCCUGCUGACCACGCAGAAGGUUUCUCAUACCAACUUGUGAGGACUCUUCUAGGCUCCCUUUGUUGAUCCAAACAGAACCUUCUCCUGGUUUAAGAGUUGGAGGCAGCACAGACUGAGGAAGGCAGUUUCUUUGUGAUUUGCCCCCUCCUUCUUUGGGUUUUGUUGAGUUGCACCAAGAGUAGGUGUCUUGUUCUUCUUCUACUGCCCAGUUGGGUGUGAUGGCUGCUCUGCCCGGUACCAUACCAAGGAUGAUGCGACCUGCCCCAGGACAGAACUAUCCUCGCACCGGAUUCCCUUUGGAAGUAUCUACCCCCCUUGGACAGGGGCGAGUGAACCAGCUGGGAGGGGUAUUUAUUAAUGGCAGGCCCCUGCCCAACCACAUUCGUCAUAAGAUCGUGGAGAUGGCCCAUCAUGGGAUCCGACCCUGCGUCAUUUCCCGCCAGCUAAGAGUUUCCCACGGGUGUGUGUCCAAAAUCCUGUGCAGGUACCAGGAGACUGGAUCCAUCCGGCCUGGGGCCAUCGGGGGCAGCAAACCCAGGCAGGUGGCCACCCCGGAUGUGGAGAAGAAGAUUGAGGAAUACAAGCGGGAAAACCCCGGAAUGUUCAGUUGGGAGAUUCGGGACCGGCUGCUCAAGGAUGGCCACUGCGACCGUAGCUCUGUCCCCUCAGGUUUAGUGAGUUCGAUUAGCCGAGUCCUGAGAAUCAAGUUUGGGAAGAAGGAGGAAGAUGACGAUUGUGACAAAAAGGAGGAAGAUGGGGAGAAAAAGGCCAAGCACAGUAUUGACGGAAUCCUGGGGGACAAAGGAAACCGUAUUGACGAGGGGUCGGAUGUGGAAUCAGAACCAGACCUGCCAUUAAAACGCAAGCAACGACGCAGCCGUACAACAUUCACAGCAGAGCAGCUGGAGGAAUUGGAGAAAGCCUUUGAGAGGACACAUUAUCCUGACAUUUACACCCGGGAAGAACUGGCACAGAGAACCAAACUUACCGAGGCCCGUGUCCAGGUCUGGUUCAGCAACCGCAGGGCACGUUGGCGCAAACAGGCAGGAGCCAAUCAACUCGCAGCAUUUAACCACCUGCUCCCUGGAGGGUUCCCUCCCACUGGGAUGCCGGCGCUGCCUCACUAUCAGCUCCCAGACUCCUCCUACUCCGCAGCCAGCCUUGGCCAAGAUGUCGGAAGCACAGUUCAUAGACCCCAACCUCUGCCUCCCUCUUCAAUGCACCAGGGAGGCCUUUCAGCUGCUGACACAGGUUCUGCCUAUGGUGCCAGACACAGCUUCUCCAGCUACUCCGACACUUUCAUCAACCCAGGAGGGCCGUCCAAUCACAUGAACCCCGUCAAUAAUGGCCUCUCCCCGCAGGUUAUGAGCAUCUUAAAUAGUCCCGGUGGGGUUGGACCUCAGUCCCAGUCCGAUUUCUCCAUCUCUCCUCUGCACGGUGGACUGGAAACCAGUAACUCUCUCUCUGCCAGUUGCAGUCAGCGCAGUGACUCCAUUAAGUCUGUAGACAGUUUGUCCACCUCUCAGUCCUACUGUGCCCCCACUUACAGCUCAAGCGGCUACAGCAUGGACCCCGUGGCUAGUUAUCAGUAUGGCCAGUAUGGACAAACCGCUGUUGAUUACCUGGCAAAAAAUGUCAGCUUGUCAACACAGCGCCGGAUGAAACUUGGGGACCAUUCAGCCGUAUUAGGUCUUUUACCCGUGGAGACCGGCCAAGCCUACUAAAGCAAAGCCAUGAUAGUAACUUGCACCAGAAUCCUCUGAGAAUCAGAGCAGCUUCUACAUCUUCUGAGACCUGUCCAUUGCUUCAUCUCCUGCUUCAGGACAACAACAUCAAGGUGCUUCUCCACUAACCACCUCCUAACUCCCUGCCAUGUAAGUCAACUGGCGGUUCUUCCCAGGAGUCAUUUCCUGCACUUUUAUUUUUAAAAAAAUUAAAAAUAUUAUGACAAAUGUCUGCCACUUGGUGACAAACUGAAACAGUCAAGUUUUGGGAGGACCAACUCUUGAUAUUGAUCUCCCAAGACGAUAAGCUCUGGGUAAUAGAAGGAAAAAAAACGAUUUUAUUUCUUCGCCGGCAUUUUUCUUUUCUUUCUCGAUUUGCCUGUAACAAAAAAAAAGAAGAAAGAAAUCGACAGCCUAUUUUGGAGUAACGUUAAAGGACCAAUGAAGACUUCAGAUAUGACUUUGCAUCCUUGUAUUCGCUGUGGAUUUUGUGCUGGAAAUUACAGUUCAGUGGAUAUUUAUGCAACAAUUGUGAUGGAAAACAAUGGACCUUUGCGAAAAUGAUUGAAAUUUGGAAAACUCAAUUUCUGCAAAAUUUGCAGAUUUAGAAGCACGUUAUCUACUAUAGGUAACAUUAAAUGCAACUUCUUUGUGUAUAAUGAUGGCACUGUUUCAUGAGCCCUAAAGUAAGUGUUUUUUUGGGGCUGAUUGCGUCCCACUUUAAAUGUGUGAUACAAAUGAAUAGAAAACGUUUGCAGGGAGAAAUAUUGGGCUUCAGCUUCAGCCUAUAGAGACUUUGCACAAGGUAUCCAUGUGAUCUUAUUGUUGGUUUUGACAUGGGUUCAAGCACGUCUGUGUAGGUUUCCAAAUCCUGCGCUUUCCUCCAAGGACCACAAGAAUAUUCGCUGAUUCUUAGGACCAAUACCAAUUUCCAGAAAUUUUUAACAAGAGCUCACUUUUCUUCAGUUUGAUUGCUAAAUAUUUGAAAUGGUGUCUUGUAGCUGACUGUCCCCUCCCAGGUCGGGAAGCUUGGGCUUGCCAAAUGGUCCAAAGAGGUCCAUCAAAAAACAAAAAAACAGAGACAAAAGCCGGACUGUGACCAAAUGGGCCCCGAAAAUCAUAGAAAUAGUAGUAUUAUAGGGCACAAAUGUAUAUGUUCACGAAAUUGUUAAAGCGCGGCCAACUUUAAAAAUGAUGUAAAUAAGGACGUUGUUAUUCCCUUCUAUGUGAAAGAAACUCCUAAAUCAUUCCAGUGAGAAGAUUUCGUUUUGAGUUUUCUUGUGGACCGUAAUAUUGACCGGAUGUUUUAGUAAGGUUCCUGUAAACUAAUUGAGUGGUGUCGUCUGAAAAUUUAUAUAUCAAAAUCCCAAAUUAAAAAAAAAUAAAUAAAAAAAAAGUCUAUUUAAAAUAAUGUUACCAGAGAAAGCUAAGGGUUGAAGAAGCACAAUCGGAUUCCGAAAAAUAACCCCCAGCUUUGGUUGGAUUGUAUUGGAGAGAGAUGGGCUGAAACGUUAAGCCAUUUGGAGCAUAAGUGAGUAUGGUGACGUUAAAUAGCAUUCCAUCAGUGGCGUAACUACCAGGGGUGCAGAGGGUGUGAUGGCACCUGGGCCCGCACCCUCUUGGGGCCCACCGGGGCCACGAUUAUGGAUAUCGUGGGUGGUUGGGCAGGGGGAGAUUUUACAGAGCACGCGAUUCAUAGGGGGGAGGGCCCGACACCAGGGCCUGCCGAUGAGUAGUUACGCCACUGCAUUCCAUCAACAUAUUCCUGAAGAAUCCCACUAUAAUCUCAUGGAUAUAUGGACAUUAUGCCUUUUUUAUACUUCUGCAAAAAACAACUCUGUUGAAUGUAGAUCCGGGACUUCUAUGUAUUUUACUUCUAACAUGGACUUGCUUGUUCUAAUCUACAUCCCAGGAGCCACGUAACUAGUUCUAGAUAACAUUCCAUCCACUGCCCCUGUAUCUGACUCACAGCUACCUUGCUUCACAUGUGUAAAUAUAUAUAUAUACAUAUAUAUAAUCCUGCUAUAAUUUAUUCAGCUAUAUUAUGUGGUAGAGUAGGAAGAUAAAUCAAUACUUGUUUUAUCGUGUCUGUGCUAGCAGAUGUUUGCAUUGCGCUGAUGACCAGCAGCGGGGGGUCUACCUGCCGCCUGUAUGUGUUUUCUGUGCACCUCAGGCAUUCCUGUUAUAUAUUAAAGAAGAUUCAAUUCUAACCGGCA